UGACGCUGUAAUCGACACGCUGCCUGACGGAGUACAGCCACACUUCUGGAAUUUUGUUGAAUAAACCAGACGCCUUCUCGUUACGAGUGCCGUUCAGAUGCUGAGUGAGACAUACUUGAACUAAAAUGAAUGCAGCGACCUGCUGACGAUUCAGGGGCGUGCCUCAGCUUUUGAUGCUGCCGGGGACAAAGAGUGAACACUUCAAUUAGCACCAGUUAGGCUGGCGUCCACGGCCAUGUUCGUGGUUUAGUAUUAUUCACAUUCUGUCGUGGAAAGUUAUGUUUAUUAGAAAUGAAGAAGUCGUGGGAACCCCUGGCAUUUCAAGCAGAUCUUCUCGCUGGCUCACGUUGGGUCCGCCAGUCAGAGAGAAGAAGUCAAGGUCCCUGUUUUCAUGUCCACUGUUGUUGAAGACGUACUUGCUAAUCAUCAUCCUGGCAGGACACGCUUUUGGCAUCAACCCCCAUAACUCCAACCCCACCACUCCAGCAGCUGCACAGACUUCAGUUGAAGCUUCAGCUAAUCCAUCAUCUGCUGCUCCUUCCACCAUUCCUAUUUCCACAACGUCUGUACAGACAUCAGUAUUUUAUUUCCUCGAUGUCACUGUGGAUGUAACUGGACAGAAAAAAAAUGAAUCGGAAAUUAUUACCUGGCUGGAUCAGCUGUUCCAAACCAGUCUAACAAGCUGCUUGUCUCCAGACACUCAAGCAACAGCCGCUGCUGCAAAGACUUCAAAUGUAACAACAACACAACAAAUUUACAAUGUUACAACAGAAAUUCCUACAACAGUACUAAACAACAGCGUAACCACAAAUGCAACGUCAUCACCAUUAAAUGACCAUAAAACAAUAAUUAAUGCAACAUUAGAUAUAACCAACACAACCAUAGUUCCAGAGAAAACGUUGAAUGUCACUAACACAACCGAUGCUCCAGCUACAACGGUAAAUGUCAUCAACACAACCGAUGCUGAAGCUCCAAUGGUAAAUGAGACCAACACAACCAAUGCUCCAGCUCUAAUGGUAAAUGUGACCAACAUGACCGAUGCUGCAGCUCCAACGGUAAAUGUGACCAACACAACCAAUACUGCAGCUCCAAUGGUAAAUGCCAUCAACACAACCAAUGCUGCAGCUCUUAUGCUAAAUGUGAGCAUCACAACCAAUGCUCCAGCUUCAAUGGUAAAUGUCAUCAACACAACCGAUGCUGCAGCUCUAAUGGUAAAAGUGACCAACACAACCGAUGCUCCAGCUCUAAUGGUAAAUGGGGCCAACACAACCAAUGCUGCAGCUUCAACGGUAAAUUUCAUCAACCCAACCAAUGCUCCAGCUCUAAUGGUAAAUGUGACCAACACAACCGAUGCUCCAGCUCUAAUGGUAAAUGCGACCAACACAACCGAUUCUCCAGCUUCAACGGUAAAUGUCAUCAACACAACCAAUGAUGCAGCUCCAAUGGUAAUUGAGACCAACACAACCAAUGCUCUAGCUCCAACGGUAAAUGUGACCAACACAACCAAUGGUCCAGCUCUAAUGGUAAAUAUGACCAACACAACCAAUGGUCCAGCUCGAAUGUUAAAUGUGACCAACACAACCAAUGCUCCAGCUCUAAUGAUAAUUGUGACCAACACAACCGAUGCUCCAGCUCUCAUGGUAAAUGUGACCAGCACAACCGAUGCUCCAGGUUCUACAGUAAAUGUCAUCAACACAACCGAUGGUGCAGCUCCAAUGGUAAAUGAGACCAACACAACCAAUGCUCUAGCUCCAACGGUAAAUUUGACUAACACAACCAAUGCUCCAGCUCUAAUGUUAAAUGUGACCAACACAACCAGUGCUCCAGCUCUCAUGGUAAAUGUGACCAACACAACUGAUGCUGCAGUGGCAACAACCUUAAAUGUCAUCAAUACAAACAAUGGUCCAGUGACAAUAUUAAAUGUCACCAACACAACAAAUGCUCAACCACCAAUGUUAAAUGUAACCAACACAAGUGAUGCUCCAGUGACAACAAUCUUAAAUGCCACCAAUACAAUUGAUGCUCAAGCUCCAACAUUCAAUGUAACCAUCACAACAGAUGUUCAAGCCCCAACAACGUUAAAUGUCACACACACAAUUAAUGCUCCAGCUCCAACAAUCAAUGCCACCAGCACAACUGAUGCUCUAGCUCCACUGUUGAAUGUAACAAACAAAACCAAUGUUCCAGCUCCAACAUUAAAUGUAACCAUCACAACAAAUGUUCCAACCCCAACAACGUUAAAUGUCACCAACACAACUGAUGCUGCAGCUCCAAUGUUUAAUGUAACCAACAAAAGUAAUGCUCCAGAGACAACAACAUCAAUUAUCAUCAAAGCAGCAAAUUCUCCAGUGACAACAAUCCUAAAUAUCACAGAUAGAGAUUUGGCUGCAACAAAAGUAGUCAUAUUAAAUGAUACCAAAUCAACCACAGCUGAAACAGCAACAACAAUUGGCAACAAAACAACUGUCUCUGCACUAACAACACCAAUAAAUGGCAAUGAAACAACAUCCUUAAGUGGCAACAGAAUAACCACAGCUUCAACAACAAUAUUGUUAUCUGACAACAUGGUAACUACUGCUACCCCAAGAACUUUAAAUGUUAACACAACAGCAGCAACAACAAUGCUAAAAAACAAUAAAAUCACCAUUUCAGCUAGAGCAGAAUUAAAUGGCAAUGAAACAACUGCAGCAGCAGCAACAAUAUUCAAUGGCAACAAAAUAAAUGCAACAACAACUUUGAAUGGGAACAUAACGACAACAGCAGCAACAAAAAUAUCUAGUGGGAAACAAACUACUACAAAUGCAACAACAUCAAAUGGCAAUGAGAUGACAACAGCAGCAACAAAAAUAUCUAGUGGGAAACAAACUACUACAAAUGCAACAACAUCAAAUGGCAAUGAGAUGACAACAGCAGCAACAACAACUAUGUUAAAUGGAAACAAAAUGACUACAGCAGCAACAGCAAAAACAACUGUGUUAAAUGGCAAUAAGAUAACAGAAAGAACAACAUUAAAUGGUAACAGAACAACUGCAAUAGCAACAACAACGUUAAAUGGGAACCAAACUACUACAGCAACAAAAACAUUAAAUGGCAAUGAGAUAACAGCAGCAGCAACUAAGUUAAUUGGGAACCAAACAACUACAGAAGCAACAACAACAAUGUUGAAUGGAUAUGUGAUGACAGCAGCAACAACAACGUUAAAUGGCAAUGUGAUAACAAGAGCAGCAGCAACAUUAAAUGGGAACAAAACGAUUACAUCAGCAACAACAACUAUGUCAAAUGGCAAUGAGAUGCCAACAACAGCAACAACAACGAUAAAUGGGCAUCAAAUGACUACAGCAGGAACUACAAUGUCAAAUGGCAAUGAGAUGACUACAGCAGCAGUAACAAAAUUAAAUGGGAACCAAACGACUACAGCAGCAACAACAACAACGUUAAAUGGCAAUGAGAUGACUACAACAGCAGCAACAAUGUUAAUUGGGAACCAAACAACUACAGAAGCAACAACAAUGUCAAAUGGCAAUGAGAUGACAACAAAAGAAACAACAACUGUAAACGUACAACUAACAACUACAGCUGCAACAAGAAAAAUGUCAAAUGGCAAUGAGAUGACAACAGCAAAAACAACAUUUAAUGGGAACCAAACGACUACAGCAGCAACAACAACAAUGUCAAAUGGCAAUGAGAUGACAACAACAGCAACAACUACGUUCAAUGGGAACCAAACGACUACAGCAACAACAACAUUAAAUGGCAAUGAGAUGACAACAACAUCAAUGUCAAAUGGCAAUGAGAUGACAACAACCGCGACAACAUCAAUGUCAAAUGGCACUGAGAUGAAAACAACUGCAACAACAUCAAUGUCAAAUGGCACUGAGAUGAAAACAACUGCAACAACAUCAAUGUCAAAUGGCAAUGAGAUGACAACAGCAACAACAUCUAUGUCAAAUGGCAAUGAGAUGACAACAGCAACAACAUCAAUGUCAAAUGGCAAUGAGAUGACAACAGCAACAACAUCUAUGUCAAAUGGCAAUGAGAUGACAACAGCAACAACAUCUAUGUCAAAUGGCAAUGAGAUGACAACAACAGCAACAACAUCAAUGUCAAAUGGCAAUGAGAUGACAACAGCAACAACAUCAAUGUCAAAUGGCAAUGAGAUGACUACAGCAACAGCAUCAAUGUCAAACGGCAAUGAGAUGACAACAGCAACAACAUCAAUGUCAAAUGGCAAUGAGAUGACUACAGCAACAACAACAUUAAAUGGCAAUGAGAUGACAACAACAUCAAUGUCAAAUGGCAAUGAGAUGACAACAACCGCGACAACAUCAAUGUCAAAUGGCAAUGAGAUGACUACAGCAACAACAUCAAUGUCAAAUGGCAAUGAGAUGACUACAGCAACAACAUCAAUGUCAAAUGGCAAUGAGAUGACAACAGCAACAACAUCAAUGUCAAAUGGCAAUGAGAUGACUACAGCAACAACAACAUUAAAUGGCAAUGAGAUGACAACAACAUCAAUGUCAAAUGGCAAUGAGAUGACAACAACCGCGACAACAUCAAUGUCAAAUGGCACUGAGAUGAAAACAACUGCAACAACAUCAAUGUCAAAUGGCACUGAGAUGAAAACAACUGCAACAACAUCAAUGUCAAAUGGCAAUGAGAUGACAACAGCAACAACAUCUAUGUCAAAUGGCAAUGAGAUGACAACAGCAACAACAUCAAUGUCAAAUGGCAAUGAGAUGACAACAGCAACAACAUCUAUGUCAAAUGGCAAUGAGAUGACAACAGCAACAACAUCUAUGUCAAAUGGCAAUGAGAUGACAACAACAGCAACAACAUCAAUGUCAAAUGGCAAUGAGAUGACAACAGCAACAACAUCUAUGUCAAAUGGCACUGAGAUGACAACAACAGCAACAACAUCAAUGUCAAAUGGCAAUGAGAUGACAACAGCAACAACAUCAAUGUCAAAUGGCAAUGAGAUGACUACAGCAACAGCAUCAAUGUCAAACGGCAAUGAGAUAACAACAACAGCAACAACAUCAAUGUCAAAUGGCAAUGAGAUGACAAAAACAGCAACAACAAUAAUGUCAAAUGGCAAUGAGAUGACAACAGCAACAACAUCAAUGUCAAAUGGCAAUGAGAUGACAACAGCAACAACAUCAAUGUCAAAUGGCAAUGAGAUGACAACAACAGCAACAACUACGUUCAAUGGGAACCAAACGACUACAGCAACAACAACAUUAAAUGGCAAUGAGAUGACAACAACAUCAACGUCAAAUGGCAAUGAGAUGACAACAACCGCGACAACAUCAAUGUCAAAUGGCAAUGAGAUGACAAAAACAGCAACAACAUCAAUGUCAAAUGGCAAUGAGAUGACAACAGCAACAACAUCAAUGUCAAAUGGCAAUGAGAUGACAACAACAGCACCAUCAGUGCCAAAUGGCAAUGAGAUGACAACAACAGCAACAACUACGUUCAAUGGGAACCAAACGACUACAGCAACAACAUUAAAUGGCAAUGAGAUGACAACAACAUCAAUGUCAAAUGGCAAUGAGAUGACAACAACCGCGACAACAUCAAUGUCAAAUGGCAAUGAGAUGACAACAGCAACAACAUCUAUGUCAAAUGGCAAUGAGAUGACAACAACAGCAACAACAUCAAUGUCAAAUGGCAAUGAGAUGACAACAGCAACAGCAUCAAUGUCAAAUGGCAAUGAGAUGACAACAGCAACACCAUCAAUGCCAAAUGGCAAUGAGAUGACAACAGCAGCAACAACAACAAUGGUAAAUGGGCAUCAUAUGAAUACAGCAGCAACAACAACAAUGUUAAAUGGCAAUGAGAUGCCAACAACAGCAACAACAACUGUAAAUGAGCAACAAAUGACUACAGCAGCAAUAACAACUAUGUCAAAUGGGUUUGAGAUGACAACAACAGCAACAACAAUGUUAAAUGGGAAUCAAACGACUACAACAGCAACAACUGUAAAUGAACAACAAACAACUAUAGCAGCAACAACAACAACAAUGUCAAAUGGCAAAGAGAUGACAGCAACAGCAACUGUAAAUGAGCAACAAACAGCUACAGCAGCAACAACAACAAAGUCAAAUGGCAUUGAAAUGACAACAACAGCAACAACAAUGUUAAAUGGGAACCCAAAAACUAUAGCAGCAAAAAUAACAAUGUUAAAAGACAAUGAGAUGACAACAGCAGAAAAAACAAUGGUAAAUGGCUAUGAGAUCACAACAACAGCAACAGCAAUGUUAAAUGGGAACCAAACGACUAUGGCAGCAAAAAUAACAACUUUCAACGACAAUGAGAUGACAAAAACAGCAACAACAACUGUAAAUGAGCAACAAACAACUACAGCAACAACAACAACAAUGUCAAAUGGCAAUGAGAUGACAACUGCAGUGACAACAACUGUAAAUGAGCAACAAACGACUAUAGCAACAAAAAUAACUAUGUUAAAAGACAAUAUGAUGACAACUGCAGUGACAACAACAACAAUGUCAAAUGGCAAUAAGAUGAGAACAGCAACAACAACUGUAAAUGAGCAACAAACAACUACAGCAGCAACAACAACAAUGUCAAAUGGGAACCAAACGACUAUGGCAGCAAAAAUAACAACUUUAAAGGACAAUGAGAUGACAAAAACAGCAACAACAACAACUGUAAAUGAGCAACAAACAACUACAGCACCACCAACAACAAUGUCAAAUGGCAAUGAGAUGAGAACAGCAGCAACAACAACUGUAAAGGAGCAACAAACAACUACAUCAGCAACAACAACAAUGUCCAAUGGCAAUGAGAUGACAACAACAGCACCAACAACUGUAAAUGAGCAACAAACAACUACAGCAGCAACAACAACAAUGUCCAAUGGCAAUGAGAUGACAACAACAGAACCAACAACUGUAAAUGAGCAACAAACAACUACAGCAGCAACAACAACAAUGUCCAAUGGCAAUGAGAUGACAACAACAGCACCAACAACUGUAAAUGAGCAACAAACAACUACAGCAGCAACAACAACAUUGUCAAAUGGCAAUGAGAUGACAACAGCAGUAACAACAACGGUAAAUGAGCAACAAACACCCACAGCAGCAACAACAACAGUGCCAAAUGGCAAUGAGAUGACAACUGUAGCGACAACAAUGUUAAAUGGAAACCAAACAACUACAAGAGGAACAACUGUAAAUGAGCAACAAACAACUACAGCUGCAACAACAACAUUGUCAAAUGGCAAUGACAUGACAACAACAGCAACAACAACAACAAUGUCAAAUGGCAAUAAGAUGACAAUAACAGCAACAACUGUAAAUGAGCAACAAACUACUACAGCAGCAACAACAACAAUGUUAAAUGGCAAUGACAUGACAACAGCAGCAACAACAAUAAUGUUAAAUGGAAACAAAAUGACUACUACUACAACAGCAAAUCCAACUAAUACUAUAUCUUCAAAGCAGAAUUCAAGCUCAUCAUUGAUUUCACAAGUAAUAUCUUUGGUAACUGCAGUAUCUAAUGUUGUGCAGAUAGCUGCUUCCCCAAAUCGCGUGAAACGGCAAAUCAGUGACAACCUUCAAAGCAGUUUUAUCCGUACUGACACAAGUCUCUUAUUUCAAGGAAUAGAAGUUUCGUGUGCUCUAAAAACUGAAAUAAACAACACUAGGUGCUCUGUGGUGCUGAGGCUAAACCAGACACUACCUGCUUGCUGCAUCCUCCAAACACUCUGUGCAGCCAGUAGGAAUUCUCCUAACAUCAGCGUGGUGGGAAACAGAGCUGAUAAAACAAGUUCACUUCAGCAGUGCAGCAGUAAUCCAGAGGAAAACAGCUGCAUUUAUUCUGGUUCACUAAAUGCAUUAUGUGAAGAGUCUGGGCCUUUUUACACUGUUCCAGCAAAUAACUCAGCAAACUGCAGUGCAGUUUCAGGCAACUGCAGCUGUUCAGCUUAUUGCAACAGAUCUGACGCCUACUACACCUUUUCAUUUUUAAUACAAGAUCCCAUGAUGAACUCUUCAUACAUCUCCUCCCUGAUUUCUACCCUGAAACAAACAGUUUGCUUUGACAGCAUGAGUAGUACAUGUCUGUCAUCCAUUAUUGCAUCUAAAUACAAGAAUGCCAGUGUGGUCUGUGAACAGUCUGCAACAUUUCAAAGCUGCAAAGGGAUUUUAGGUUUUGGGCACGAGAUCCCGAUCUGUUCAGUAGCAGCAGCUGUGAGGAAUGUGUUUCAGCUGGAAGAACAGAUCCUUUUCACAGGGGAAGUGAGACGAGCAGCAAUUUGUGGAAAUCUGAAAGUCAGCAACGACCCACUGGACUCCCAGUUCACCUGGACUGACAGUAACCUGAAACCUGCAAACUUCUGUACACAAGCACAGAACCCUCACACCCUCGCAUGUCAAAAUGGAACAAAUUUGAUUGUGCAGCUGGACGAGUUGUGUGAUGCAAGUGUUGUGUCAACUACAACAAACCCAUCAACCUCACAGCCAGACGCCAAUGUUACAACCUCACAGCCAAACAUGACAACCUCACAGCCAGACACCAAUGUUACAACCUCACAGCCAAACAUGACAACCUCACAGCCAGACACCAAUGUUACAACCUCACAGCCAAACAUGACAACCUCACAGCCAGACACCAAUGUUACAACCUCACAGCCAAACAUGACAGCCUCACAGCCAGACACCAAUGUUACAACCUCACAGCCAAACAUGACAACCUCACAGCCAGACACCAAUGUUACAACCUCACAGUCAAACAUGACAACCUCACAGCCAGACACCAAUGUUACAACCUCACAGCCAGACACCAACUUUACAUCCUCCCAACAAAACAACAAUGUGACAACCUCACUGCCAGACACCAAUGUUACAACCUCCCUGCCAGGUAAUGUUACUACCGGCCAACAAGACACCAAUGUUACAACCUCCCAGCAAGACAACAAUGUUACAACCUCCCUGCCAGGUAAUGUUACUACCGGCCAACAAGACACCAACGUUACAACCUCCCAACAAGACAACAAUGUGACAACCUCACUGCCAGACAACAUGACAACCUCCUUACCAAGUAGCAUGACUACCUCACAGCCAUAUGCCACUACCCUGUCUCAAAAUGAGACAGCAUUCACCCCAAAGCCACCAGCAACAACUCAACCAAACACAACAACAACAACAAAGCCACUACAAAAUACAACAAGAAGCCCAGAAAAGACAACAUCUGCUGACAGAAGCACAGCAACAACAAUCACUACAACUAACUCUGGGAACUCUUCAGCUGAAAGUCAGGCCGACCGACUGCUGCAGAUGACCGGAGACAUGUCUAACCUGACCUCUGCAGAUUUAGAAAAUCUGGUCUCUGAACUGGAGAAACUUCUGUCAGGUCCAACUGUGAGCCUGGCUCUGGGAAACAUCUCCAUCCAUGUUGUCAGCAAUCUGUUGGGCGCCUCACCUGAGAAGAUGUUGGGCUUCUCCAGAAGGAUAAUUGGGAUUGUUGACACGGUGGGGUUGAAGCUGGUAGUUGGAGCAAAAGCUGAGACCCUGUUGUCUCCAGCAUUGGCGCUGUCAGUGAAACCAGCAGAUGGAGCUCAUUUUCAAGAAGCAUCUUUUUCCAUCUCAGAUCCAAACAAUGUACAGACCCGAGCAAACUCUAGGCUGAAAAGAAGUGUGGCGGCAGUUUCCUCCAUCCCUCAAGGCUCCAUCACACUACCUUCUACUCUCACACAGAAUCUAACUAGCGAGGAACAGAACCAGGUCUCCAGACUCCAGUUCAACUUCUAUCAGAAGAGCACGCUGUUCCAGGACCAAGCGUUAGGUCAGCGUAAACUCAACAGUGGGAUUAUUGGAGCCAGUGCUGCCAAUCUGUCCAUCAGAGGGCUGCAGGACAGGGUGAUAAUCCGUCUGAGAAACACAGUACCGGUUCCAGCUAAUUUUGUAGCAACUUGUGUUUUCUGGGACUUCAGAUUGAAGAAUGGAUCCGGUGGUUGGAAUUCAAAUGGCUGCAUCGUCCAAAACACAACAGACAAUGAGACUAUUUGUGGAUGCAACCAUUUAACCAGUUUUGCUAUCCUGCUGGACAUCUCCAGGCAGCCUACAAUCAGUCUUGUUCAGAACACCAUCCUCACCUUCAUCACAUAUAUCGGAUGUGGAGUUUCGGCCAUCUUCCUCUCCUUAACUCUCUUAACUUAUUUGGCUUUUGGAAAGUUGCGUAAAGACAUCCCAUCUAAGAUUCUGAUUGAGCUGUGCUUCGCCCUGCUCUUCCUCAACCUGGUCUUCCUGGUGGAUGCGUGGCUGUCUCUUUAUCCGGAUGCCAUGGGCCUUUGCAUCUCUACAGCCUGGUUCCUUCACUACUUCCUGCUGGUUGUCUUCACCUGGAUGGGGCUGGAGGGUGUCCACAUGUACUUGGCUAUUGUGAAAGUCUUCAAUAACUUCAUGUCACACUACAUGCUGAAGUUCUCCCUGGUGGGCUGGGGCGUCCCCAUGCUUGUAGUCAUCAUCGUCAUUGCAAUAGACAAAAAUAACUACGGCCUUGUGUCCUACGGAAAGUUUGUAGAUGGGACUUCUGAUGAUUUCUGCUGGCUAAAAAACGAUAUUGCCUUCUACGUCGCAGUAGUAGCCUACUUCUGUGUCAUUUUCGUCUUCAACUUCAUCAUGUUCAUUAUAGUUCUGGUCCAGCUGCAUCGGGUCAAAAAUCAGAAUCCUCACAAUAAUAAGCAUCGUACAACAAUUCAGGAUGUGCGCAGCGUGAUCGGGAUAUCCAUCCUCUUAGGCCUCACUUGGGGCUUUGCCUUUUUUGCCUGGGGGCCUCUUAAUCUGGCCUUCAUGUACCUCUUUGCCAUCUUCAACUCUCUUCAAGGUUUCUUCAUAUUUGUCUUCCAUUGUGCGGUGAAGGAGACCGUGAGAAGGCAAUGGAGGACAUAUCUGUGCUGUGGCAGAAUGAGGCUUCUAGAAAACUCAGAGUGGAGUCGUACUGCAACACAGAAAACCACAAAGAGGUCCCCUCUGACGUCUGUUCACUCCUCACACAACUCCCCCAGAUCCUCUUCAUUUCUUGUCAGCAACUCUUCAAAUGGCAUCAGUAGUCCUUUUAGCGAUCGAACCAUCACAGCUGAUGAAGAUCCAGGAAGUGACGUGGUUCUCAAUGAGAUCAACAACCAGUACAGACACCAACAUACAUCCUGAUCCAACUAAAACACUAAAAUAUUAUUACAUGUAAAUAAGCAGAGUAACUUAUUUAUAUUUUAUAAAGUUGACUAAAAGCACUUUUUAAGCAAAAAGCACAUUAUUUGUAUUGCAUGUUACUUUUACAAAGAACCUUAUUCUCUCUCUCUCUCUCUCUCUCUCUCUCUCUCUCUCUCUCUCUCUCUCUCUCUCUCUCUCUCUCUCUCUCUCUCUCUCUCUCUCUCUCUCUCUCUCUCUCUCUCUCUCUCUCUCUCUCUCUCUCUCUCUCUCUCUCUCUCUCUCUCUCUCUCUCUCUCUCUCUCUCUCUCUCUCUCUCUCUCUCUCUCUCUCUCUCUCUCUCUCUCUCUCUCUCUCUCUCUCUCUCUCUCGCAAUAAAUAUACGUAUCAAGUUAAACCCGGGGGUCUCUUGUCAUUCACUUUAAUAAAUGUUUUAAAUGAAAAUAAGAAUUUUGAGAUGACAGUUGUUUAAAGAUCCACUUUGUUUCUGCAUCCG